AUGGGGAACACGAUUAUGGCAAAAAAUUUCAUCGACUCCAAAUCGAUAUGGAUUGAUGAGCCAGACCCUAAAGGUCAGACAGCUCUACAUUUGUCUAUAACUUACGGUGAUACUGAAAUGGCUUCAAUGCUUUUGAAAGGUGGGGCAAACGUAGACGCCUUCGAUAACGAUGGUUCAUCCGCCUGUCAUAUUGCUUGCCGCGAUGGGAUGAUUGACCAUAUGGUCAAACGGCUUUUUAACUGCGGUUUGAAAAAACAAAGCUUCCAAAGUUUGGAUAAUGUUCAUACAGCCUCAGCAUUACAUUUGGCAGCGGAGACUGGGCAGGUUCAGAUCAUUUCACUUUUGCUUUGUAACAAUUGGGAUGUAAAUUUCACUACAAAAUGUGGAUCAGCACUACACAUGGCAGCCGGAGCCGGACAAAUUCAGGUGGUCCGCUUCCUAUUGAGAGUUGGAAUUGACGUCAACAUAACAAAUGUAGACGGACAGACAGCUUAUGCGUGGGCUAAAAAACAAAGCGGUCGAAAUCCAAUAACAUACAAGGAGAUCCGGUUUUUACUGAAAAACUUCCAAACAUUCACAAAUGUUAUAACAGUAGAAGAUUAUUGUGGUUUUGAAGCAAACGAGUUGAGCCUAUCAAAAGGAGACCGUGUGUGGGUUGUAGAACGUUGCAACUCAGCGGUCUUCAAAGGAGUUGUGUUUGGGAAAAAAGGAAAUUCACGGAGCGGAUUUUUCCGAUCGUCAGCUGUAAAAGAAGAGGAGAAUCAAGUGCAGAACAGCGAGUCAACUCCACCAAGUCCAAAAGUUAAAGCAAGAAAAAAUUAUAUCCAAAUGACUUCGAGGAUUGCGAAAAAUCAGAAAAACCCAACAUCCACGUUUUGUUCAACCCCAGCAUCCAAACCGAAUGGACCGCGUAAUUGUUCUAUUAGCCAUUAUCAUGACAUAAACCGAAACACACCAUCCCCAAUGGCUUCAUUUGGGAGGACAACAUCGUGGAUCGCAGAAAAAAAUUAUCAAAUUCCAACAAAUUCGACGGCAUGCACCUCUUUCGGCUCAUCUUUUAACGGCAGCCGCACUCAGACACCAAGUAAGAAAGUUUUAUUAUGUAACAGUGAGAUUUCUAAUUUCGAAAUAAAACGUUGA